AUGGCUUCAUCUGAGAUAGACGUUGCUGUCAUCGGCUUAGAAGCUUUUGGUCUUGUUGCCCUUAAGAACCUGAGAGAGGAAGGUUUUAAUGCAACCGGGUUUGACAAGAAUUUGUAUGUGGGUGGUCUCAGGCAAUUCACAGAGAAAGAUCAAACAUCCGUCCUAGAAUUCACAAUUGUGAACAUCUCAAAAGAGAGGGGCUGCUUCACGGAUUUUCCGUUUCCAAAAGGAAAGCAUAGGCAAACAAAAUCCCACGCCUCUGCGGCAGACGUGCAGAAGUACCUUUCCGAUUAUGCGGCUCAUUAUGAGCUUCUGCCGCACAUCCAACUUGGUACGAACGUGUUGAAUUUGGCCAGAGACGACCAAAAUAAGAAAUGGGCGUUGAAUGUCGUCACUGCCCACAAUGUGAACAGUCUUCUCCUCUUCGACAAAGUUGUGGUGGCCACUGGGACUAACCAUAGGCCUGUCGUGCCAUUUCUAAAAGGCCAAGAAAUUUAUAAAGGCCGCAUUUUGCACUCUUGGGGAUUCAAAAGGCGAGACAAGAGGGUGAUGGUCAUUGGUAUAGGCAAUUCUGCGGCGGACACUGCUACAUCGCUGGUGGGGAUUGCGAAGGAGAUUUUUCUGUCUCACCGGCAUGGCGCAUAUAUAGUACCUAGGUCACAGCCUAAUGGACAGCCGCUCGAUCACGGCCUCACAUACCGGAAAAUCAGGAUGUCGCUAACGUUGCAGAGGCACCUCCCGCAACUAUGGGAAGCCAUGAGUAACAACAUGCUAGCCAAGAUCCAGAACGCAUCAGUUAAGCUGAAGCCCGAGUGGCGUAUCAAUCCUGCACCUUCCUUCGUUCAUAACGUACCGACGGUAACGGAUACACUAAUACCAGCGUUGGAGAAGGGACAGAUCGAGUCUGUUGAAAACGCGGAGAAAAUCAUUGGCGAAUUUGCUGUGCAACUGGCAGACGGCAAGGUCGUCGAACUCGAUACCUUCAUAUGA